UCACUUAUAUUAUUAUAUAGUACAUAGUUUUCAUUAUAAUAAUCCCCAGGCCAAAAGUUCACUCCCUCUCUGAGUUCAUCAUUCCCAUCUCACAGAAAACCAACCAUGGAAAGUAAAACUAAUGAUCACCAACUUCAUGUUUUCUUCUUUCCAUUUAUGGCUCAAGGCCACAUGAGACCAACCAUUAACCUGGCCAAGUUGUUCGCAUCAAAAGGGUCAAAAGCCACCAUCAUCACCACACCUUACUUCACAUCCUUCGUGUCAAAAUCCAUCGAAAAAGCCAAAGAUUUUGGUGCCCAAAUCGACAUUCUCCAUAUCAGAGUUCCUACAGAGGAGGUGGGAUUGCCCGAAAGUGUUAGCAGCGUUCACAUGACAAGUACCUCUGAUUCCCAGCAAAAGUUCUUCGAAGCUUGCGGCAAGCUCGGCCCCCAACUCGACCAAAUCUUAGAGCAACAUCGACCCGAUUGUCUAGUGGCCAAUAUGUUCUUCCCUUGGGCUCCGGAUGUUGCUGCCAAGUUUGGUAUUCCAACACUUCUCUUUCAUGGCACUUCUUAUUUUUCUUUGUGUGCUACGACCAGCAUUUUUUUGCAUGAGCCUGAGAAGAAGGUGUUGUCUGAUUCAGAGCCCUUUUUUAUUCCUAAUUUCCCCGACAAGAUCGAGAUUACUCGACACAAAUUACCUGAAUAUUUGAAACAGGAAGAAGGGGGUCAGUUUUGGAAGUUGUUCAAAUCGUUAAGAGAGGCUGAGUUUAAAACUUAUGGAAUUUUGGUUAAUAGCUUUUAUGAGCUAGAACCAACUUAUGCUGACUAUUACCCAAAACUCUUGGGAACAAAAGCUUGGCAAGUAGGCCCUUUGUUCUUAUACGAUCAAGAUUCUAAUCCUGAAGAGCAUGACUGUUUGAAGUGGCUUGAUACCAAGAGACCAAAUUCAGUUAUUUAUGUGAGUUUUGGAAGCAUAGCUAGUUUUGAUGAAGAACAGCUUAUGGAGAUUGCAACAGGGUUGGAGGCCUCAGGGCAGCAAUUUAUUUGGGUGGUGAAGAAGGAAAAUAAAGAAGAGUGGCUUCCCCAAGGAUUUGAGGAGAGAAUGGAAGAAAAGGGUUUGAUAUUACAAGGAUGGGCACCCCAAAUUCCAAUCCUUGAGCACAAAGCAAUCGGGGGAUUUGUGACACACUGUGGUUGGAACUCGAGUUUGGAAAGCAUCUGUGCUGGGGUUCCCAUGGUGACUUGGCCAGUAUCGGCAGAGCAAUUUUAUAAUGAGAAGUUGAUUAGUGAAGUUCUGAGGGUUGGGAUUGAAGUUGGAGCUAAGAAAUGGAAACUAAUGGUUGGUGAUUUUGUGAAGAGGGAUGCCAUAGAGAGAGCUGUGAGUCGGGUUAUGGAAGGAGAUGAAGGUGAGGAAAUGAGAAGCAGAGUGAAGGAACUUGCGGACAAGGCAAGGAAUGCUGUGGUGGAAGGAGGGUCAUCUGUUUUGGAUCUAAAUGCUUUGUUUCAUGAUUUGAGGUCAGCUCAAAUUGACAAUUGUUCAAUAUCAACUUAGAAGAAUCUUUCUGUAACUUUCUAAAUAUCAUGAAUGAAGUGUUAGUAAUUUGUCCAA